CACUACAAAACCCGUCAACAACAAAAUAGAAAUAAUUUGUGAAAAUAAGGUUAUCAAAACCCGAAUUUAUUUAAUGUAUUGGUAAAUACCGAAAAUUUAACGUUGUAAUAUACACUUUAAAGUGAUUACAGAAAUGUUAAUUGGCGGUUUGCUAUUUGCCUUUUUAAAACUGUUUCUGUGAGAGCGCCAAACUCUUGUGUUUCUUAAAAGUCUGCAGUCCCCUGGAUUUUAUUUUUGCAGUUUCUUCAUGUAGUCGACUUCCGUAAAUUGCGUAUUUAAAAUCCAACCAUGGAUUUGGAUCCAAGACAUUUUUUCACUUUACUGCACCAAUAUUUGGAAAAUGAGAAUACAGGACCAAGACAAUGUAACCAAUUAAUUAUCAACUUAAACGAUGUUUUAACACGAGAACAAGUUAAUCUUCCCGAUUUAGACUUAUACCUACAAUGUUUAUUCAACAAAUCGCAAGGUCUUCUCGACUUUGUUACAAAAAUUGUAAACAAAAAACAAUUUAAGUCAUCGGUUAUAAGCGUAUUCGAGAUAAUUUACACUUUAAUAAACAAUUUUUCUUCAAAACUAGAGAAAUAUAUAACUGUAAUAUACGACAUAUGUUUCAAAGUCAUAAAAUCCUCACUCGUCACUUCCGACGAAAAAGUAAAAGCGUUGGAAGUCGUGACUCUCAGUUUUGAAAAAAUUAACAAGUGUUUAGAUUACCCUGAGUGUUACAAUGAUGUGUACAACAGUUUGUUAAAAACAAUUAGUAUAAAGAAAGGCGACACAGUUCAAGAAAAAAUCUUUAAAGCUUUAGGAGCUUUUGCCAAACACUUUCAGUAUUUGAUAAGUAACCAUGAAAGCUUGAAGUCUAUUUUUGUAAGUGCGCUGGAAGCUCAAAUGGUUCAGAAAGACUUUUCUAAUGGGGUCGUGUGUGGUGUCUUUACUGGUUUGGAUUACUUUUGUGAAAGUUUUCCGCUUGAUCCAAAGUCAAAAGAAGACGAGAUUAUUAUUAACAGACUUUGCAAAUACCUUGAUCGAAUGACAGUUCCAACAUCUAGAAUCAAAAUCGCCAACAGAGCUGCCUUAACGUUCCUCGGAAAUAACAUGUCAAUUUUUGUUAAUUUAAUGAUCGAAAACAUCCAACACUGGCACGAAACUUUGUUAAAAUGGUUGGAUUAUGGAGCUGAUGAUCAAAAAGUUGGGGUUUUCGUGAUUAAAGCUUUUUAUAGUGGCGUGGGAAUAUUUUUGCUUAAUGAUCUCUGUCAACAGCAUACAGAUGUUAUUAGGUAUUUUAUACAAUGUUUUAAAAAAACGUUCAAAGAUAACAAGGCCACUCACCGUGAGAAACAUCUGUGUUUGCACGGAUUUUCUGCACUAUCACCUGUGUAUCAAACGCAGUUAAGUGAAGAGGAACUAAAAGACACACUCAUUUUGAUAGUGCAGAAUUUCGAACAAAGCUUUAUUCUUGAUCCAGACCCAUCACGAGACGUUUUAGAAGAUCUACCGUUCUACUUACAAACUGUGGCCAAAUUCGUCCAUUUCAGAAAAAUUACAAACAGCGAACUUUUUUGUUUACAAAAAGGAGCAAUUUUGAUGAUUAAGGUUUACCCACAGUUGCCAUAUUCCUGUCACGCUGCUGUUAUAGAGGCUUUAGUGUCAACUUGCUACUAUUUGUUAUCCAACGAUCAAAAAAUUUUCGAUAAUUUUAUGGAAAGUGUGAUAUACCAAGGAGUAGUUUGGUCUUGUUCGCACCAGCAUGUCUCAGAAGCCGAUAUUUUAGAAAAAGGUACACCUGGACUGCUUACUGUGAAGAAUUAUUUCAGCAUGUGGCGGAAAUUGUUGAGGAUUCUGCCAGUGCGUGAGUUCGACAAGAUGGGGAUUUUUUUGCACGAUCGCAAAUACAUUUUGACAAAGAUUAUAGAUAAGUUAAUGAAAACUUUGUUAGUGUUAGUUAACAAACUUAACGUUUCUAUUCUUGUGAAUGACGCAGCGGAAGCUGCGACGGAUAUACAGUCCGCUUAUAAAGUAGCCGAAGUUAAUGACUUUGCUAUUUUCUUAAACAUGGUGGAUUUUUAUGAGGAGAUUUUCGAAGAAGUCGAUCCUUCAAUACUGAAAAAGUGUGCUUGCAAGUUGAUACAGCAUCUCGUGGGUAAAUGCGAUAAGUUUCCUUUGAUUAGUGGGUUCUACAAACUCCUUUCGUUCAGUUUAAAAGUUUGCAACAAAAUAAAUUACUUUGAUGAAUCGAGCAGCAGCGUUGCCCAAGACGUCAAAAUGUGUAACUUAACUUUAACGAUAUUCGCCGACACAAUUCUAAACAAAACACAAGAGUAUAAAGGAGAUUUGUUGAUUGCUUGUCUUCAAGUUCUUCUGCAGUAUCCGAUUGUUAUAAUUCGAAAAAUACUACCAGCUUGUGUGCCUUCUUUCAAAACGAUUUUCUAUGUUGGUCGAAAUUACGUACAAUUGGCCCAUAUGGCUUUAGAUACCUUGGAACAGUGGCAGAAAGAAGUCACAUGUGACGAAAUGGAACCUUUCUUAAUACAGGUUAUACCGUUGCUCGACUAUUACCUGCAGAGUAAAUCGUUGGGAGGUUUCACCGAAUCUAGUGUUCCUGAAAACAGAAGAAAAACUGCGCAAGCGCUUAAGAAACGUAAAGUUUUACUUAACGUUGAGCCAGAACUUAUUAGACUUCAAAUGAGGAUUAUAAAAUUUAUUGGCGGACAAAGCAGUGCGUUAUGUGAAGCUUUUGCUUUUCGUGAGGAUGACACGAAUUUGUCUGUUUGGAGUAAUCAGCAACAUUUGAAAAUCGUGUUGCCUUAUAAUGAUAUCAAGUUAGAUAUAUACCUUGAUAAACUGCUUCCAAGAAUUACUAACAUAGCACUGAAUAGUUCUGAUAGGAAAACUAGAGUUAUGGCUUGUGAGCUGCUACAAGCUAUAGUUAUGAUUUUUUUGGGAGCAACAAAACAAAUGACACAAUCCGGUCUUUCCGAUUUAAAUGAAUUAUUGAGACAUAUAUCUGUACCUUUACUGAAGCUUGGAUGUGACAUGGACCAAGUCGUUGAACAACUAUUCAGACCUCUAUGCUUUCAGUUAAUUCACUGGUAUACACAUGUGUCACAAUCGCGAAGCGAACAUAGCGCUAUAAUCAUCGAGUCGGUCUUGGAAAGUAUAACACAUCCAACUGACACAGCUUUAAGAGACUUCUCAGGCAAAUGUAUCAAUGAAUUCGUCAAAUGGACGAUUAAACAAACAAGUGAAAAAAAUUUAGCCAGAGAUCCAAUCAACAUAAAAAUCCUAAUAAAGAAAAUGCGAUUUUACAGCACUCAUCCAGACCCUUACAAAAAACUAGGAGCUGCUUUAAUUUUCAACAACAUAUAUAGAGAACUUCGCGAAGAGACCGCUCUUUUAAGCAUGUUUUGGAUCGAGUUUCUUCACAUCUUUAUUAAAAGUCUUUCCACUUAUGAGUAUGAAGCAACCGACGAAAAUUCAAUUGUUCAAAUCAAUAGCGCUUUAAGUCAUAUAGAAAGAGGCUUUGUGGAAAAAUCUAGUAUGUUUAAUAAAGAAGAUCGGGAUCGAAGAAUUCCCGUUGAUAUGAAAGGAGGAACUUUGAAGCAUGUCGCACUUUGGUUGUUAGAACAAUCAGGAUCAUCGAGUCGGUAUUGUCGCGCAAAAUGCAUGGAUUUAUUUUGCAGCUUUGCACCAAGAACAACACAGUUUAGCACUCUUGAGAGUUUUGUUGUUAAAUCUUUCAAAAAAAAGAACUGGGUUGUAGAAAUUUAUGAAGCGUUUUUGACGCGGUACCCCACUUUGGAGAAGUUAUCAGAGUGUGAAGGACUCGGACCAAAUAAAUGGAUGCAAGCGUUUUUGUGUGCACUAGAUGGGUACAAAUUUGUCGUCACUAACAAAUUAACACCCUUGAACAAUAUUUUAAGCGGAACUAUUGUCCGUGCGAUUCAUUAUUUUCUCAACAAACUGUCUAAAGCAACUUUGGAACAAGCGUACAGUUUUAUUGAAACCAAAGAGUGGUUGUUCACCUCGUUCGAGAAACGAACUUUUGACAAGCAAAGAUCUCAAGCGGCUGUCAAGAUUUUAGAGCUUUUGAAUGCUCUGUCGCCAAACUUCGUUGUUUUUUGUACUCCAGAUUUGUGGAAUUUCGUUGUGGAUGUAAUAUUCAAUCGUGAGAGUCUAGGAUUCGAAUGUUUUUUGCCUAAUAGUAGCAUUGAUGGUCACAUUGCUCCGAUAUUGAAAACGUUUUUGAUGAAUUUACCAGUCGAGAAAGCUGGAGAGUUGUUGCAAAUUUUGCAACGUUAUGUUAAUGAACAGUUGGUAACUGAUAUAGACUUCAACAAGAAUGUUUCCCACAAACAGAGAAAUCUUCUGAAAGCGCUGAACAUGUUGCAGUCGUUUUCACUGACGCAAUUCUCGGUUGAAAACUUCUCUAAUAACAUGGUUGCAACUUUGUUGAACAAAUUUAUCAGUGAAGCGGAAAGUGGAAUUAUUUAUGUCGAUAAUUUGCAGGAUACAACAUUAAUUUACUGUCUAUCAAUUUUUGAUUUUGCUCUUCCUAAUGAAAAUGAGUUUAAGAGUUUCGUUGACUUUUUGUAUAAACCGUAUCAAGUUCAGACAGCAGAUUUCAAGCAACCAAUCCACUUGGGUACUUAUCUCCUAACCGCGUUCGAAGAUUCCGUGAUGGAGAAGAUCAUUAACAAUUUUGAUACGUUUUUAGAUUUAAGUUUGAAGAAUUAUAGUGCGAUAAGUCAAACCACGGAGUUACUUUUUUAUAUAUUCUCGUACACGGUACCCAAAAGACAAAUGAAGUACUUGAAUCAGACUGUGAUAGCUAAAUUGUUGACACAUUGGGCUAUUUUUGAGACACAUUUUAAUGAAAGUAGUAGCGCAGAAAGUGGUUUGGAUUUUGUCAAGUGUUUGCUUCCUAUAAUAAAGUCAUGUAAACUGUCUUGUGUACCUUUGAAGAAUUGGUUAGUGAGUUUGUUGCAUGGCGAACAAAAUUCGUGGAAGCAUGAGCUUGACUUUAAAGCUGAAGUUUUUUAUUUAUUGGUGGACGUUAUGGAUGAAACAGAUGAUGAUAACACUAAUUUAAGAGAGGGGUUGAUGAAGGUAAGAACCAGGUUAUUAUCGGACAUGUCUCCAAUUCCACCGGAAGCCAAAACAAUAUUUUUGGAUAAAUUAUUGUGUACGGUACCAAAAAUACAAACCCCGGAGCUUCUUAUAUUUCUAUUGGAUCUAUUCGUGAAAAUUACAACUGAAAAGAGCAGUUCUGAUAUGAAACGUCUUUUGAUUGACUACAUAAUAAAAACUCAACCAACACAGAAAACUUCACUAUCCAAGUUAUACAACCUAUAUCUGAACCACGAUUUAGACAACACUCAAAGAUAUAAAUUGGUUUCUAACACUAUGUCCGUUUUCCAGUAUUGCAAUCUUUCCGUUUUUGAAGAUUUUUUCGUCGACCAUAUUGUGGAAAUAAUCUCCACUUUAAAACAACCAAUUACACCAGAAAACUUAGUUACUAAAAUCUCGUACUAUUUGUUAAUAGAAACAUUAUUCUUGAGAUGUCCAGUUCGCAGUACCGAUACCGAAGUGCAUAGAAUCACACAAGCCGCACUCCCUCAAAAACCGAGCAAUAAAACGCUUUUGCUCCAGUUGCUAAAAAUCACUCUCGAUGCUGUUAAAGAUUCUUGUGACUGUGAUUCGAAUAGUGAGGAGUUCUUCCGGUUGUAUAAAUGCCAUUCGUACAACGCCAUGGUAUCCAUUGUGAGUAACUCGAUGAAAGAGGUGAACUUCUACACAAAACUUUUUGUACGUCAAGAAAACAAUGACGAUAUUUUGUGGAAUAGUCUGAUUGAUACCAAAAAGAAUUACGUUUUUCAGACAGAUUUUGACACGAUUCCAAACAAAAGAAAAAUUCUUGUUAACAUUAGAGACGAAGUGCGAGCACAAAAGAAAAAACAGAUUGGUCAGUCACAGUCUAUUAAAUACAUAGAAUCGAUGCGAGUUUACAAUAGUUCGUUAUCGGAAGAUUUUACCAAAUUUGACUUUUCUAAUAAUCUUGUACGAACCGAACUAGAACAGGAAGAAUCUAGUGAUGAAAUUCCGGUUCAAAGUGAAAUAGAACUAGAUUGUACAGAUGUUAAUAGUCAUGAGUGUAUGGCGACUGUGUGUGGACUUAUUGAGUAUAUGGUGAAUAUAAAUAUCAUAGACUUACCAAGUGAAGAAGACGAUGACUACGAACUACCUGCUUGGGUAAAUGGAAUCAGAACACUCCUACUAAAUCCAGAAACCCACAGUAAUAUUAAAAUAUUUUGGAUCAAAGUUAUUGACAAUACUAUACACAUUUUCAAACAUUUUGCAAAAUGGUUCUUAGAGCCACUUCUAAAGUUCAUUGUGGAUAAGUGUGCCGGAAAUAGUCUUAAUUAUUUCAUAACCGAUGUGGUUGCCAUUUUGGCCGCUUGGUCUACCAACGUCGUCCCACAAACCGAACAAGAAGUUCAGCUUGCCUCCGAUCUUAUUACCUUUUUAAUCAACAACCUCAAUAACGAAAGACAAGAUAUGUUUAAGUACCACUUGGACUUAAUCCGCUUGCUGAUUGAAGCGUGGAGAUCGUCCAUCACCGUUACUUACGAUUUACUACAUUCUAAAUUAAACGUUGAUCCUACAUCCAAAAAAGCGGAAGUUGGAAUACACUUAUUUUCUAUUUUCUUGGCAAACAAAAUAUUCCCUUGGGAAGACAAAGCGACUGAAUUUUGUAAAACCGUCUUCAAUAUUAUUUUAAAAAAUAAUCACAAAAGUACGUACAAACCGUGUUGUGAAAGCAUAGGCUUGUUGUUACGUUUAAAAAGCAAAGAUUCAUCUUUCUCCAAAGUUUUCAAUAAUGUCCACGUUCUUUUGAAAAAGAUUACUGACCCAGAUAAGUAUGCACACGUUUUGGAAGCUAUCGUUUUACAUUAUCCCGAAGUAGCAGACGAGUUUCACAUAAAACUUCUGUUAAGUCGGGUCCACGGAGUACUUAAACCGUUGAAAGUAAUUUACUUGAAAAUAAUUUUAAACAGAAGCGGCCUCAUGGGUAAAAUCGACGAAUUCAAAACAGAAAACUGGGAUUCGUACAUUAAGAACGACAACCUCGAAGUGCAGUUAGUGAGUCUCGAAAUCGUCCACAAGUGUUUGGAUGUUUUAAAACAGUCUCCUAACUUCAAGUCCAUUGUAGAAGCAGUGUGCACCCACGUAUCAAACUCAAACGUUUUGUGCAGAACAAGAAUGUUUGACAUCGUCACACUAAUCUGGCAGAAGGGUUCAUACAGCCCAGAGAUUCUAAACUUGUGCAAACCAGUUCUAGUUCAAGGACUCACAGAUUCGGAUAAUGAAAUUCGCGAAAAAGUAUUCGAUUUCUGGAGAAACCACCACGAUCUGCCUUCACCCAUUGCACCACGAUUUACUUAUGUGUUGUCAAAUUUGUACGAAGCGACCACAGAAAACGACUUUCUGGGUUACAGUUCGCACCUCCUCUUGGAUAUUAUCAAGCAGUCGGAUGAAUACAACGAAUUGCUCUUUGAACAUCCUUUAGAAGACUGCGAUUUUGAGAAUUACGAGCUUCAGACAAACUGGCGUCUGCGACACUUGUCUGUAGUUCCGUUGUUUGCCGAAACAGUGAGAAGUGCUAGUCUAGAUUUUGAAAGUAUGGAUUCAGACAUGAGCAAACUUCGUCAAACUCAAACUGCUCGUGAGUUUGCUCCUACUCAAAGUGUUCGAGCUAAGCAGUUUUCGCAGUUCACGAUGAGCGAGAGUAGUCUUUUUGUAAAACGUGAUGAAGAGAGUGAGUUCGUUAAUCCUAAUUUGGUACCACUGUCACACAAGUACCGAGUUCCUAAGCGACGCUUCCUUAGAGAUAAGUCGAAGAUCCAUAGCCACUUUGCUCAGCAGGAGGUGAAGAAAUUGGUGCAGAAAACGGAACAGAGGAAAGAUUUAGUAAAAGAACGUGAACAUAAAGUCGUUAUUUAUCGCAGUUAUAGGAAAGGAGAUUUGCCAGAUGUUCAAAUUACUCUGCAGGCUGUGUUGGAACCACUUCAAGCUCUUACUUUGCAUGACGGUGAAAUUUCAAAAGUCUUGUAUUCUCAACUAUUCCAAAACAUAUUACACAAAAUGAGAAGUGAUCAAGCUUUUUUGGAGCGAGUUUCAGUUGCCAUUAAAGCCAUCUUUAACGACUCGACUCAAUAUAAUCGAAACCUGUUUCGAACUUUAUUUGAUGCACUUCUCCAGUGCAAAAGCUCGAUAGUUUUUCCUGCUGAUUUAAUAGUCUCGGUUUGUCAAUCCAGCGGCUUGAGAGCUUUAGGUGUACUACUUUUAGAAGAAUAUCUCAUAUCUUACGAUUCGUCGUCCUCCGAUCCAAAAAAGACCCGCGGAACGGAAACCACCAAUGAAAUCAGUCUGUGGAUAAAACUUGCAGAAUUAUACAAAGAUAUGGACGAUUGGGAUGUAGUCAAAUCCAUAUUUCUCGAAAAAACUGAUUGUCCAGAAAGUGUCAAAACCGCCCUCAUUGCAGAAUCCCGCAAGCAGUGGAAAAACGCCCAAGACGAAUACGGGAAACUCAUCCAAAUCGACGAGAAUUUAGAAAGAAAGGAUUUUUAUUACGAGUCGUAUUUCAGAUGUUUUGCACAUUUAGGAGAGUGGGAUAAAGUGGUACAACAAAUUGAUUCCAUUGUGGGAAAUAAUUGCUGGGACAGUUUGUGGGACCAAGGUUUCAAUCAGCAGAAAUUAAUGCCGUGGUACAUCAGUGGACAAUUAAAGAACUCGCUAUUCACUGAACAACCGUCAAACCAGUUUCUGUCAAACCUCAACGAAAGCCUUAAUUCCGACCGGUUAGACUAUUUAGAAAACCGUUUCUGUGAAGAAAUUGCCAUGCUGUGGAUUUUCCAGAAAGAAAGUGACGAAGCUGAAAAGUAUUUGAAAAUGUAUUUGAAUAAGUUCUUGGAUAAUUGGCAACAGUUAGACUUAUUUUAUUCCAAUCUUCGCUAUAGUCAUUUGUUGAAGUUGCGCAACAUAAUUGACAUCAACGAUUUUCUGACAGUGUUUAACAAUUUGAACGUGGAAAACGCAGAAAGGGUACAAGAUUUGAUUAAUCAUUGGACCAGAACGGCUAACGAAAAUCUACCGUCCAUCUUAUAUUGUGAAGAAAAAGUAUUAUAUCGCAAACAGUUUUUGAAUUCGCUUGUAGACAAAAUAAAGUCGUACAAUGCGGAAGAGUUGGAAGAUAUCGUUUCAGAUCUAAAGCAACUAAGGUUUAAUCUAGAUGAAGGCCUUAUGGAUAUUGGAAUCGAACAAAAUAAUUUUUUCAUGACGAAAAAAUACCUCUACAGUUACAAUAAACAAAAUAUUCUCAAACUUAAAGUGGUACUGAGUAAAAUGGCUUACCUAAAGUCAAUGAUGUCAGACGAUGCCACCAGUAAGUUAGAAGUUUUGUUAAAAGGAUGCGAAACGCUGGGGCAAAUAUUUCAAGUACCCGGGCAGUCACCUUUGAAAGCUUUGGCAUAUUUUCAUCUUUUUAAACAGCUGAACGAAAUUUCUUCGAUUUUCCGGAACGAUAACGACUUCUUUCAACUUUUUGUCAAUGAGGAUGAAUAUUCUCAACAAAAGGGGCGCCUUACAAGCUUGAUUGGUACUAAUCAUAUAUCAUCAAUUGAAGAUUCCGCGCUAUUUGGAGCAAAAAAAUUAAAAGAAUUUCUUCCGUCUUAUGAAAACGAGAUAGAGAACACGAUGGAAACUGACACAAACCAGUCAAACCGAGAGUACGACACACUAGCAAAUGCUUACGUCCAACUUGCUUAUUUUGCAAAAAAACACGGGGAAUCUUAUUUCAGUGAUUUUAUGCUUUUUGUUUUGAGAGCCAUGAAGUUCAAUUCUUCCGAGGGACGACAGUUAUUUCCGUGCAUAAUAAUGCAAAAGGAGUUUAAAGAAGAAGACAAGAAACAAUUUAUUGAAGAAACGAGUAAAAUACCAGUGUGGAUGUUCCUCGGCUGGAUUCCUCAAAUUCUAGUCAGUGUUGAUUCGCCAAAAAUUUCAGCAGUAGCACCACUCGUACUGAAAAUAGCGAAAACUUAUCCGCAAGCUAUUAUGUACGCAUACAGACUAAGUAAAGAAAAUUACAAGUCAGAAAGCGAGGAAUUUAACGAAUUGAUCGAGAAGUUGGAUAAUAUUUUGCUUAGUGAUGGCCGAAUUGAUGAAUUUUUGAAAGCCCUUUCAUUUAUUGGAGUCCCGGCAUCCAUUUUAAUGUACUUUAAUCGCAAAAUCGUUAAAUCUAUUCAAACGAAUGACUUGGAUCAGGCUAAAAACAUCUUAAAAUAUCUUUCAGAUGAUUUGUUUAAUUGUAAACCGGAUUCACGUGAUGUUUCUUUAAUGCAAGGAAAUAUGUUCAAGAAAAUCACCAAGUUUGAUAAAGAUUUUAAGAACUUUGAACGUUUGUUGAAUAAGAGCUCCACCAAGAGUGCAGAUUUAAUCAAACCUCUAAAGAAAAUUGAUGACGAAUUGGGCGUAAUUUUACGAGAUGAGCGCGAAGCAAAGAAAAAUUCAAAACUACUGAAAGAUUAUUGUCCUUGGUUAUCUAAUUUCUCUGCCCACAAAAUGGAUGUUGACUUGGAAAUACCGGGUCAAUAUGAUGGCAACAAACUCCCACUAACUCAACACCACAUCAAAAUAUCCGGUUUUAACCCAAACGUUUCAGUGAUGCCAUCCAUACGGAAACCUAUAAAAAUCACUAUCUUGGGAAACGACACCAAAGAGUACCCUUUUCUUAUCAAAUUCGGUGAAGACAUACGACAGGACCAAAGAAUACAACAACUGUUUUCAUUAAUGAAUAAUAUUUUUGAUAACGAUAAAUCACUAAGUGGCAAGAAGUUUUCCAUUCUUACAUACCAAGUGAUACCUCUAACUACAAGUUUGGGUAUAAUACAGUGGAUUGACAACACGAGUUCUCUACAAGACUUCGUCAAAAAGUCAUUCACAGAUUCCAAGUCUAUAAAAAAUUAUGAGCAACUUUUUGAAACUUACCACAAAUGGGUACACAAGUCUUCAAAUCAAGCCCUCGAUGCUUAUGGUCGUGCAGCCAUGAAUUAUUCACGCGAUAAAGUGAUACCCAAAUUUCGAUCACUAGCGAGUUCCAUUGAGUGGGAUGCUUUCAGGACACAGUUUUUAAAACUCAGUACCAACAUUGAAAGCUUUUUCGCUUUACGUAACAACUUUAUCACAUCGUACGCUGUAAUGAGUGUCAGCCAAUGGAUACUAGGAGUUGGUGAUAGACAUCUGUCCAACACAUUAAUCUGCUUACAAAAUGGUAAAGUUCUGGGUAUCGAUUUUGGCCACGCUUUUGGUACAGGCACACAGAUUCUUCCAAUCCCAGAAUUAGUACCAUUCCGUCUAACACCCCACAUAGUCAGCCUAAUGGAACCUCUAGGCGAAAAAGGGUUAUUCAGAGAAGUUAUGAUCCAUUGUUUGAGAGCCUUCAGAAGCAACAGUAGUUCCUUAUUAGCAACAAUGAAUGUUUUUAUUGAAGAACCGUCGCUUGAUUGGUUAGAGCAUGCUUCGAAAUUUGGAGGAAAUACCGAUCGUACUAAGUGUGAGUGGUACCCGGCCCAGAAAAUUGAUCAAGCUGAAAGAAAGUUACGUGGAGCAAAAUCCACUACCAUUAUGGUUGAAGAUUUAAGAGCAGGACACCAAAAGAAUCAGCAGUAUAUGAAAGCUUAUAUUAAAUUAGUGGAAGGCGUGGCAGAGUUUGAUCUUAGAGCUAGAAAAGAAGGAGACAGUUUGUCAGUGGAAGAUCAGGUUGAUUGCUUGAUAGAUCACGCCGCUGAUUAUAAUUUGCUUGGGCGAAUGUAUGAAGGAUGGGCCGCUUGGGUCUAAUUUUGUUUUAUUUUUUACUUCGCAUUUGUACAACAUUUAUAAAUAAAAAUAUUUUAUUAA